AUGCCCGAGUUCUUCCGAGGCCGGCCAGCACCAUCUCCCCCUGUCCCCAUAGAAGAACGAGCAGAUGUAGAGGAGACAGCUGGGGAAUUCCAGGGGUUCUUUUUUGGAAAAGUCAAGAAUGAAGACACCGAAGGACACUUCGAAGAUGGAGAUGGACCCCAGAGGCAGGAGGGAAGCCAAGCAGCAGGGGAUGAUCAGAGGAAUGAGGAGGAUGAGGAACUGCAUCCUCUAUUGCCAGAUGAAGGCAAGAAUGAAGACUUGAGAGGAAACUUCAGAAACCAAGUUGGACGUAAGAGGCAGAAAAGAAGCCACAUCAUCCAGAAGAGGGAUAAACCCAUUCCUUGCCAAGGGGGGGAUUUCCAAGAAGUAAUUCACACAAUGAAGGAAACAUACAAGUGCUUGGCGUGUGGAAAGAACUUCUCAGAUCAAUCCCAGUAUAAUGUCAAUUUACGAUUGCUCAGUGGAAAGAAGACACAUGACUGGCUGGAGUGUGGAAAGACUAUGAUUCACAGAGCAGAGCUCCUUAGACUUCAAAGAUCACAUCGAGGAGAGAAACUUUUUAGCUGCUUAAACUGUGGCAAGAGAUUCUCUGAGAAAUCAGACUUUGUUCAACACCAAAAGAUUCAUACAGGAGGGAAGCUAUUUAUUUGUUCAGGGAGUGGAAUGAAGCUCUCUUGUGGGAAGAGAUUCAGUCGCAGAGACUCUCUUCAAACUCAUCUAAGAACCCACACAUGGGCGAACACGUUUGAAUGCUCAGAAUGUAGGAAGAGAUUCAGUGAGAGUAGCUCUCUUCAAGAACAUAUAAGAACCCACACAGGGGAAAAGGCUUUUGAAUGCUCUGAGUGUGGGAAGAGAUUCAGGGAGAAACCUUUGAGAUUCAGUCGCAGUAGCUAUCUCCUAGAACAUCUAAAAACCCACACAGGAGAGAAACCUUUUGAAUGCUCAGAAUGUGGGAAGGGAUUCAGGUGCAGUAGUCAUCUUCGACGGCAUCAAAGAACCCACACAGGGGACAAACCUUUUGAAUGCUCAGAAUGUGGGAAGAGAUUCAGUGACAGCAGCAAUCUUCAAACUCAUCUAAGAACCCACACAGGGGAGCAGCCUUUUGAAUGCUCAGAGUGUGGGAAGAGAUUCAGUCGCAGUAGCUAUCUCCUAGAACAUCUAAGAACCCACACAGGAGAGAAACCUUUUGAAUGCUCAGAAUGUGGGAAGAGAUUCAGUGACAGCAGCAAUCUUCAAACUCAUCUAAGAACCCACACAGGGGAGCAGCCUUUUGAAUGCUCAGAGUGUGGGAAGAGAUUCAGUCGCAGUAGCUAUCUCCUAGAACAUCUAAGAACCCACACAGGGGGAAAGGCUUUUGAAUGCUCUGAGUGUGGGAAGAGAUUCAGUCACAGAAACAGUCUUCAAAAUCAUCUAAGAACCCACACAGGGGAAAAGCCUUUUGAAUGCUCAGAGUGUGGGAAGAGAUUCAGUCAAAGGGGUCACCUUCAAAAUCAUUUUAGAACCCACACAGGG